UAGCUAUUGAGGUAGAAAGCAACGGCAUGAGAAGAGCAAAGAGCAGGCAGCAAAGGGAAUAAAACGUCUUGCUACAAUUGAGACUCGGGCGAAACAGUCUGCAGGGCCACUCGAGUGCCAAGGUGCGGCCCGGCCGGGGACGAGUCCAGCGCGGAUGGCUCUGAUGCAAAGACGGUCGAAGAACCAUCUUAUUAUUUGCUUGUUCUGGUUCUGGCCGGCCGCCCUCCUUUUUGAUAACUGGGACUUCAGCAAACUUCGUCGAAGGGAAGGGAGCGGUGGCCAUUGCCUUUGUUAUCGACGGGUCUGGAUUGGCUCUCCUAGUGUCACCUUGCGCUCAUGUCAAAGUCUCAGAUCUGAGGUUCCCUGUAUUUGGGUCUUUAUCCGUAAGGUACCUAAAUUGAGGUGAAGUGAUGAAAACUGCGUCCGGCGACAUUUGGAGACGUUCCCAAGGUUCCUUAAGAUGACCGGUCCCUGCCGCCGUGGUUAUUAGCGCUCGUCUUCCCGCCCCUUCCC